UCCCAUAAGUAACCCUAACAAAGAGAACCUACGACUCUUCAAACCCUUUCAUAUAAAUACCUAAUUCAUCCCAAUUCAACUCACACACAAAAAAAUUAUCAUGACCUAUUGUUGCAUCCUCCUUCACGCACACCGUUUGGUGCUCCUUCACCAACCCCCAGCACCACAUUAAUCCCCUCCCACUCUCUCUUUCUCACUCAAAUUUCCAAUCAAUUGGUGCAAUUUUCAUCAUCAUCAUCAUCAUCAUCAUCAAUGAUGCUUGAUUCAGUUCUUUUUGCACUUUUUCUUCCUUGUUUAGGAAUGAGUGCGAUUUUCGUCAUUUAUAUGUGCCUUUUAUGGUUCACCACUGCUCGUAACAACAACCGUUCGGAUGGUACACCACCGAUUAAGCCGGUCACUGAUAAAGGUCUAUCUCCUUUAGAUCUUGAAAAGCUACCUAAAAUCACAGGUAAAGAAUUGGUUGCAUCCACCGAAUGCGCCGUUUGCCUCGACGAAAUCGAUAAUGAACAACCGGCUCGUCUGAUUCCCGGUUGUAAUCAUGCUUUUCAUGUCCAAUGUGCUGACACUUGGCUAUCUAAACAUCCUAUUUGUCCUCUAUGUAGAGCCAAACUCGACCCUCAGAUUCUCAAUUCUGAAAGUCCCUGCUAAAAAAAUGUUUAAUAUCACAUGAAGUUUGUCGGAAUCAUGCCGGCAAAUAGCUGUGAUACCAAACAUACACGACAGUGCAAUGGUAGUUGCAAUUACCGCGGUUACUUCUAAAACAUUUAUUUCAUUGGUUUGUAUGUCACAAUUUAGAAUAUAGAAUUUUGUACAAAAUGGAUGAAAGUGAAAUUGAAACCGCAUGCGGCAGAGGGACAAGUUUAUUUUCUAAUUUAAAGUUUUUUAUUUUUAUUUUCAUUGUUAGUACGUUGUUAACGUAGUGUUCCAAUGUUGUCGUCGUGUUUGGAACUAAUGAAGGAAUGGAAAUAAUGUACUCAUUUGUUGAUUUUUUUUAGAACUUAUUUGUGAUGAAUUUUCUUAGA